UUGAUUUUUACCUAUACUCAUCAGGUGUGGAUGAGGUUGAUAUCGACAUGGCCCUGCAGAAGGUGACAGUCACUGGUUGGGCCGACCAAAAACUGGUGCUGAAGACAGUCCGGAAGACUGGGCGGAGGGCAGAGUUGUGGCAGCUACCCUACAAUCCAGAGUAUUACAGUAAUGCCAAUCACUAUUACAACCAACACCAGUGCAAUGGUCCGUUGAGUUAUUAUGCUCCCCAACCCUCGUCUUCUUACAAUUACUACAAGCAUGGCUAUGAUAGCAACGAUCCCGGCUAUUACCGUCACCCAGUUCAUUCAACCAUUUUUAACAACCAGACCGGUUCGGCUUUUAGCGACGAGAAUCCCCAUGCUUGCUCUAUUAUGUAAUGUAAUAAUGUACGUAUUUUUAUGUAUGAAUAUCAAUAAUUACAAUUUAAAAUUUUUUCAUAUCUUGUUUUUUAAAAACUAAAAGAGUGAUAAUUUAUGUUUUUUUUUCUUUUUCUUUUUUGGUCCAUCUUUUUUCAUAAUUUGUGUUGUGUUUCUUGCUUUUAAUCUUGAUUUGAUUAACAAAAAAUUAUUAAUAUU